GAUCCAGUGGCAUGGAAGAUUGUCUAUAUAUUUGCAAUGACAGAAAUGUCCCUCCCAAAUGCCGAGCGAGACUUACAGGCUUGUCUUGGCGAGCGCUACCUAGAUUCUGAUUGGAGACUGGCACUCAAAGCUGUUAUAGAUGCUGAAGGAGACACCAAGAUUGCUUUGAAUGCUGUUGAAGCACUUAAGCAAGCAGCAUCUUGUUGCACUGGCCUCAAAAUUUGGAUUCCCACAAUUCCUGCAAUUCCCACUGCUGCAUGCCCAAGACCUGACCAGCUGUCAUCUGCUGAAGCUGAGCUUAUGCAAUCAGUCAACAACCUCAAGACUUGGAACCGCAUCUUCAGUGAAUUACCAUCACUUGAGGAGAUUUUGGACCAUGCCAAGGAGAGAGAUAUGGGAGAAUUUUUGAUGUUUGAAGGUGGUGAUGAAGCCAUUGCAGAUGAGGGCUGUCACAAGAUUGUUGCUGCAAAUGAAGUUAUUGAAGUU